CAAGAAAUCAAAAGACAUGAAGACUCUAAAAAUUUGUCCAAAUUAUUUUCAAACAAUUCUCUUACUUCUAAUUAUUAUUGUAGCAACCUUCUGGCUUAGCACUGAAGCUGCUGCCACCUGCAAACCCAGGGGAAGGUUAAGGGCAAAAAAACAUCUUCCUAAACAUUGCGGUGAGUGUUGCAAACCAGGCCAUUUUUACACCACAUUCAAGUGUUCCCCACAGGUAUCUCACCACACAAAGGCAACACUAACACUGAAUAGCUUUGCGAAAGGUGGGGAUGGAGGUGGACCAUCAGCAUGUGACAACAAGUUUCACUCAGACAACACUCCUGUUGUAGCACUGUCAACUGGAUGGUUCAAUCAUAGAAAACGGUGUCUUAAAAAAAUCACCAUCUUUGGAAAUGGAAGAAGGGUCAAGGCCAUGGUUGUUGAUGAGUGUGACUCAACUGAUGGCUGUGAUGGUGAGCAUGGUUUCCAGCCUCCAUGUCGGAACAAUAUAGUUGAUGCUUCUAAGGCUGUUUGGAAGGCUUUGGAAGUUCCAGAAAAUGAUUGGGGUGAAAUGGAAAUUUUCUGGGCCGAUGCUUGAUGCACAAUGUGUUAGAAAUGAAGUUUUGAUUUAAUUGGAAAAUAAAGGUUCCACCAUGGUUACAAAAUGAAUGAAAGUUCAUGAUUUACUAUGGUGCAUUGUAUUGUUUUAAGGGUUAUCUAUUAUGUUUAGUUUUAUAACUUCUUAGCUUUGUCAAUUUCUUUGGUGCUUAUUUAGUAUUUUAAUUGAUGUGUUA